GAUAAUUGGAAAGGGUUUCCAGAAGGUGGAAAAUGUCACCUGAUUCACAGUGAACUUUUUAAAUCUCCCCACCCCCGAACACACACACACAUUAGGAGACCGCCCACCGCAGACAGCUAAGACCCCCUUAUAGAUUUAAAGAGAGACUGCAUUGAGAGGCUGACGUUCAUUCAAUAGAGCGAUCAUAAGCAGACUGACUAGUGCUCUCUGUCUCUCUGUCUUUCUCUCUCUCUCUCAUUCUCUCUGCUCCACUAGAUAUUGUUUCUGUCUCUUUCACUCACUGGUAUACUGAGGAUGUUAAAUCAGAGAAUCCACCCGGGCGUGCUUUUAUUCCUGAUGCUUCUGUGCCACUUCAUGGAAGAUCACACAGGACAGGCUGGGAAUUGUUGGCUCCGGCAGGCAAAGAACGGCCGCUGUCAGGUCCUGUAUAAGACUGAUCUGAGCAAGGAGGAGUGCUGCAAAACGGGCCGACUAACCACUUCAUGGACUGAAGAAGACGUCAACGACAACACGCUUUUUAAGUGGAUGAUUUUUAACGGUGGGGCCCCAAACUGUAUCCCAUGCAAAGAAACGUGUGAGAACGUGGACUGUGGACCUGGGAAGAAAUGUAAAAUGAACAAGAAGAACAAACCUCGGUGUGUUUGUGCUCCGGAUUGCUCUAAUGUCACUUGGAAGGGUCCUGUGUGUGGCUUAGAUGGGAAAACCUACAGGAACGAGUGUGCUCUCCUCAAAGCCAGAUGUAAAGAGCAACCCGAACUUGAAGUCCAAUAUCAGGGCAAAUGCAAAAAGACCUGCAGGGAUGUUUUAUGUCCAGGCAGUUCCACGUGUGUGGUUGAUCAAACUAAUAAUGCCUACUGUGUGACAUGUAAUCGGAUUUGCCCGGAGCCUACUUCCCCUGAACAGUAUCUCUGUGGGAAUGAUGGAAUAACGUAUGCUAGUGCUUGCCACCUGAGAAAGGCUACCUGCCUACUAGGCAGAUCCAUUGGAUUAGCCUACGAGGGAAAAUGUAUCAAAGCCAAAUCCUGUGAAGAUAUCCAGUGCAGUGCUGGGAAGAAAUGUUUGUGGGAUUUCAAGGUUGGCAGAGGUCGGUGUGCCCUCUGUGAUGAGCUGUGCCCUGAAAGCAAGUCAGAUGAAGCAGUCUGUGCCAGCGAUAACACUACUUACCCAAGCGAGUGUGCCAUGAAAGAAGCAGCCUGCUCCAUGGGUGUGCUUUUAGAAGUAAAGCACGCUGGAUCUUGCAACUGAAUCUGCCAUAAAACCUGAGCCAUUGAUUCUUCAGAACUUUCUGCAGUUAUGACUUCAUAGCUUAUGUAUAAAAAACCAUAUUACAUAACAGCAGAUGCCAAAGAGCAUCUCACUACAAGUCACGUAAAAUGCAACGCUGUAUUAUGGCUGUUCAGAGGGCUUUGAAAACAUGCACUGAGCUGCUUCUGCGCUGUUGUUGUCCUUAUUUAAACAACAGCUCCCCUGUAUUCCCCCAUCUAGCCAUUAAUGAAGACCCCGAGGAAGAAGAGGAAGAUGAAGACCCGGACUACAACUUUCCUAUAUCUUCCAUUCUAGAGUGGUAAAAUCUCCAUCACUAUUGGAACAGCCAUUGGGCAAGAAAUCAAUGUCCAUACUGUAAAUAAGUGUAUGCUUAUUUAUUUUGGGGAGAAAGAAAAGUAUACAUAUAGUUGAGUCUUGUAGACAUUUAUUUAUACUGUGUCAUGUUUUAUAAUUUAUACAUAAAAUGUCUGGUUGACUGUACACCUUUUUUGAAGAAAUUUAUUCGUUACGGGAAGAGCAGUGUUAUUUAUUGUGAGGUCUCUUGCUUGUAAAGUAAAGCUUUUUUUUUUUUUUUUGUAAACUAUAAAAGUCCAUUCCUUAGAGCUUAUCCAUAUGACUCUCAUCUCUUCUUUUCACUGAUGUUAACUCCUCUCCACUUUCACAAACUUGCAUGUCAGUUUCUGUUAUGUUUAUUUAUUGGAUUUUCUUCUUGCCCGUUCUGUACAUAAAUGAUCCCUCGGGUUUUUGUUUACAAGGAAUCUUGACUGACCAAAAGGCGCUGUAACUGAUUUAAAUAUACUUUCUGGGUGCAGUGAGGCAAUCUUUAAGGACAUCUCUUCUACUUCACUUUUCUCUGCUUCUAAUCACUUCAUGUACUGACAUGUUCUCAAUGUGCUGAGCAUUUAUACUGUACUAUAAGAAUUCUGGACCCAAAGAAAUCGAAUUAUGAAGGUUGUUAAUAACUACAUGGCUAACAAUAAUGAGAAGUUCUUACUCUUUUUUAUUUUUUUGUAACAUACAUAAAUGUUUUAUCAGGUGGUUCCUUUAAGAUGGUCCUGCAAUACCACUUUUUAAAGUUAUUUUAAACUGUCACUAAAAGGUAUAUCAAAGCUUUAUCAGUUCAAGUUUCUUGCUUUUCAUAAUACUUUUUUUCUGAUGCAAUUUUAUAUUUUCAAACAUGGUGAGUUAAAUAUAAAUUCAUUUAAAUAUAUAGUUUUGUACUUUUCUACCAUGUAAAUGUGCAAUGUAUAUAAAAGUUAUAAUGUGUAUUUGUAAAUAAAUGAUGAGUGAACACAAUAG